AGCCAAUCACGUUGCAGUUUCUUCAAAACGCGUCAUCGUUUUUUUCUUCUCUAACUUGUAAACACGUGUGCGGAGCGGAGUGUGUGUUCCGCCUGGAUAUUUAAGGACAUUUAACCAUCUAAACAAGUUCACUAUCAUUCCUUAAAAUGGCAAAAAGUCUCCGAAGCAAGUGGAAGAGGAAGAUGCGAGCAGAGAAGAGGAAGAAAAACGCUCCCAAGGAGCUGGCGCGUCUGAAACAAGCUCUGAGUCUGGACAAGAAAGGAGAAGCUGCCAUGAGCGACAUGCAGGAGAUCGCCACCGUGGUGCCGGCCGACAAGAUCAAGAAGCAGACGGACGUAGAGAUGGGGGAGACGGGGGAGACGGGGGACGACGGGAGGAUGGACAUGGACAGCAAGCGCAGCAAGAAGACUCAGCUGGAUGAGAACGGUCAGUACCCGGCGUGGAUGAACCAGCGGCAGGCCAAGAAGCUGAAAGGAAAACGGAUGAAACAGAAAACUGGCCAGGGCAAGAAGAAGAAGGGGAUCGCCUGGUGAACCGGACACCAACCAAAAGGACCUUUGCUUUGCCUUUAAAGACUUUUGACGCAGAAACACAAUAUCAUUUCAUGUAUUAUUUUGAAUACAUGAUACAUUUGUGAGUUUCUGCUCUUGAAUCUCGUCCUGUUCGGUGGAUUACAGGAUUCACAGAGUCUGUUAUUGUAAAGUAAUUCACUGCAGGAAAAUGUUUGUUCUUAUGGAACAGCAGCUUCAUGUUGAGACAAGUUUUAAGGAGCGAAGACUUGUGCAAAAAAAUGUCGGAUUGUCAUUUGUUCUCUGCUACAAUAUAAAUCUUUUCAUACGCCCAUUAAAGAAAAUUAUCUACAGA